CGACUUGACUUCUGUAAAAUGUGAACGAAAAAACUAACUAUAUCGUAGAAGAAAUAUUUGACAUAAAUUUAAAUUUCAUGGUUUCUACAACUUUUGUUAAUAGUAACUCCCUCGUAAAGUCAGUAACUAUGACCACUUUAUUUGGUUACAUUAUAAGACAAGAUGUCAACAAUGUGCGCCAAGAUGUGCCUGUCGUCAGUGACCAGUAGUCAUUCGUCAGUCAUCACUGAUCACGCGUGAGAUGCGAGUAUUCAAUCUUCUCGAAUCCUUAUUUGAGAAUAUUUUAUAAAGAUAAUAAUUAAUAUGUCAAUAUAAAUUGUUUUCCAAAUACCUGAUAUGAAAUGUAACACUGAUUUAAUAUAUUUUAAACAGAAGAAUAUUUUAAGGCCUAGAGAAGGUUCAAUAAAUCAUUGAUACUCGUUUGAGGUUGUUGAAUUGUUUACAAACAUUGUUUCCUUCAAAAAUGGAAUAUUUUAAAGUUCUUAUUCCUAACUUGCCUCAGAAAGGCAAGGAAACAUUAUUAAAAGGUUAUAUUACCCAAGACGACAAGUGCCAUUCUAAUAUUUAUUUCACAGAGAGUUGUGAAUUGCAGCACAAUCUAGAUGAGAAAAUAUCAGUUGAUGAUGACACCACUAUCUUUGGCUAUUUCAGUAAUGAACCAUCACAAUUAAUUAACAAAAACAUUAAAAAUAAGAUUUGUUUAUAUGAUUCUGUUAAUCCUAGGGUCACUGAAUUAGUCUUAAAUGGUAAAGUAAUUAAAGAUUGCAAGUUUAUUUUUAUAUGUUAUGAUAUUAACAAAGUUGUUAAUUCAGAAACAUUAGAUAUAUCGUGCAAAGAACUUAUGUAUGUAAGAGAAUUAGUUGAUAAAAAAAGCAAUCAACCUCAAAAUAUUGCUGAGUAUGUACCUAAAUUUAAAAUACCAAAUAUGUUUUCUUCUUCAAUGUUUAUUCAACAUAUUUUUAACUGUAUUAAUUUAUUAAAUUGGUUAAUAAAUACAUUGAGAAAAAAGGAAAAAAUAUCAAUAAAACAAGGAAAUUAUAUUCUAGCAUUAGUAAUUGAUAUAAUUUUGGGUUAUUACAUCUUGGAAAUAUUAUUUUAUGAUAGGAAAGAAAUUGGUGUACUCUUACUUGGAAUUUUAGAGAAAUUGGUAAACUCUAUGUAUUCACUACUAAAAUGGCUAAUGGGAGCUCCAGCAGGCUUAAAGUUGAAUAAUGCAUUUAAUAAAAUGCUGGGUAAAUAUUUCUCAUACCAUGUAGAGUUAUGGUGGUUGUUUUUGGAUGUAUCAAGUGAACGAUUGGAUUUAAUAUUGCAUAUUUAUCAAUACUUGGGUUACUUUGGACUGACGUUCCAAGCUGCUAUUAUAUCAGAUAUGUUGUGUGUAACAACAUUUCAUUCAUAUUGCAUUUAUGUUUAUGCAGCAAGACUAUUCAACAUACAAAUAUCAGGCCUCACUGCUAUGCUUCGGUUAUUUGUUGGACGAAAGUACAAUCCAUUAAGAAAUUGCAUAGAUUCAUGUGAAUACACGAAUCAGGAGCUAUUUGUGGGAACCGUAGCAUUUACUAUAUUAUUACUAUUGCUACCUACAACGCUUAUGUACUACAUAGUUUUUACAAUGUUUCGCGUGCUAACAAUAUUAGCACAGUAUGUCUUGGCUAGACUGAUCCACUUCGUGCAAACACUACCGUUAUAUGUUAUUAUGUUAUGGAUAACACGCUCACCUAAAUUGGCAGGAGAAAUAUAUAUUGAAGAACAGGAGAGUAUCGAGUCGCAUUUGAUGCUAAAAAUUAAACUUUUUAAUAAACCGUUGAAAAAGCUCAUGAACUAUUUUAAGACUCCAGUUGAAAUACCGAAGGAUGUGGAAUGGACUAAUAUUAUAUCAAGCGUGUUUACGGGAAAGCAAAUUAUAUGAAUAUAAUAUAAAUGAGUUAUUUUAUUGGAGACAUUUUGAUUGAAUAAAAAAAAAUGUUAUUUCAAACUUGGUAUAAUUUCUCAAUCGACUUUGAUAAAUUUAGACAUAGU